CCGGCUCUCUCUUGGAGUUUUAUAAAACCCCAGCGGUCUUAUCCUUCUUCUCUUUCAACUUUCUCAGAAAUGCUUCUACUCUCCCAAUUUCAUGCGCUAUAACACCAACGUCUUAGCCUUCAUCACCGCCCUAUUAUGUAUACUACUGCUACUACUACUACUCCAUUCUUCACUACCCCUACUCCUCAAAAUCUAUUCUUCAAUCGCCCUAAUAACCGAAUCCGCUUGAAAAAAUUCCCUGUUAAAUCUUCCUGUGAAGGAGAUAAACCCAAAAAUUCUCUUCUAGUUCCUAUAACUUCAGCUCCAGCUAGACUUCUUCUAGAGUGUUCUAUCACCAAAAAUGACACAAUAAUACCAGAUAGGUAUAAUAAUGACCAAAAUCCUCUGAAACCCUUUGUAAAGCCUUUAGUCUACACAUUAUUCUCUGUUGCUUUUACAUUUUGCCCCAUUCUAGGAUUUCAAUUGCCUCCUGCUAUCGCUGCUCCGCCCGCGGCAGCUGAGCUGAUUAACAAAACAAAAAAGAAAGGUAGUAGUAAAGGGGAACAUGUGUAUUCACAUUGUACUAAGAGAUUGUUAGAGACAGUCUCGGGGUUGCUUAAAGUUAUAGAGGAGGUGAAGUACGGUAAAGAGGAUGUAAGAUGUGUGGAGGAAAAGCUAAAAGAUGUGAAGAUGAAGAAGAAGGAGUUGCAAGAGGAGAUCAUGAAUGGUCUCUAUGUGGAACUGAGAUUGUUAAAUGGGGAAAAAGGCGCGUUGGUGAAGCGUUCAGAGGAGAUUAUUGAUGUAGUGCUGAAGAUUAAGAGGGAGGAGGAAAGUUUAUUGAAGAAGGCUAAGGGCAAUGAAGAUGCAGUAGUAAAGGGAAAAGUUGCGAAAUUGGAUGAGGAAGUGAGACGGAGCGGGGAGGAAUAUAAUGGAUUGUGGGAAAGGAUUGCUGAGAUAGACGAUGAGAUUAUGAGGAGAGAAACACUUGCAUUAAGCAUUGGUGUGAGGGAGCUUGCUUCUAUUGAGAGGGAGUGUGAAAUCUUGGUCAAGGAGUUUCUAAGGAAAAUGAGGCUGGAAAGCAUCAGGAGUGUGCCUAAAAACUCUCUCACCAAGCUUUCUAGAUCUGAGAUAAAAGAAGAGCUGCAAACUGCUCAAAGACAAUUAUUAGAGCAGAUAGCUCUACCCAGUGUUUUGGAAAAUGAAGAGAAUGUACUCCUUUUUGAUCAAGACUCUAUGGUGUUUGCUCAUCGAAUAGAACAAACACUUAAGAACUCCAGAGAGAUGCAACAGAGUCUCGAGAGUCGUAUUAAGAAAAAAUUGAAGAGAUAUGGCGAUGAAAAACGUUUUGUUGUAAACACGCCAGCAGAUCAAGUUGUCAAGGGUUUCCCUGAGAUUGAAUUAAAGUGGAUGUUUGGAAACAGGGAGGUCGUAGUUCCAAAGGCCGUUAGCCUCAAUUUGCAGCAUGGUUGGAAGAAAUGGCGUGAGGACGUUAAAGCAGAGCUCAAGAGGGAUUUGCUGGAGAAUGUUGAGCAUGGUAAAAAGUACAUGGCUGAAAAACAGGUAUGUUUUGCUGAAAUGCUUAGAUCUGCCUGCUUAUGCUAGGUAGUGCAAUCAUCCGCUUCUACUUUUGCCUUUCUAUUACUAUCAGUUUGAUAAUUUAUCAUUAAAUUGAUCAUCUUGGAAUUCCUCUUGUGGCUCAUUGCUAUCCAUAACUUAUCUUUUCCUCUGUAGU